UUUUCAACUUUCCUCUUUCUAGCCAGGUUGCUCGAUUGAUAUAGGUGUGAUGAUCUCAUGCGCUGGUGAAUGCAUACUAAAAUACUAAAAUGUGCAUGCUUGUGCAGUGAAGUGAGAGGGGAUCGUGGGGUAAGUAAAUGUUAGACUGUUAGUAUCUCGUUCCUGGUAAACCGAUGAUGGCCCAGACUUCUAUGUAAAUAGGAGGGGAUCUCUUCAAAGUUUGAUUUUAUCAAGUUCUUAUAACUUUGAACCUGGGUGAAAGUAAGGUUUAUCUUACCUCAAUCUUCCAUCAAUUCCCCCACGUUUAGUUCGUUCAAUUCAAGGAGAGGUUCCAGAGAGUCCUGAAAUCACCAUGAAGGUCUCCUCUAAUCACCUCGCUGCUGCGAUUGCAUUCUUGCUCCCUGCAGUCAAGGCACAAUGUCCAGAUUAUUCACAAUAUUCAACGACACAGCAUGCACCACUCAGCAGCGGAAAAUACGCUCUCUCAUCGAUGCGACCCGAGCCCGCAUGUCGAACCUUCAACUCCUCGGUCGUGGAGCAAACCAUCAACGAUAUGAAAUCCGUAAUCGCCGAUCCAGACCUCUACCGUUUAUUCCAAAACUCCUUUCCCAAUUCCCUAGAUACAGCCGUCAAGUGGAGAGGCUACGCGGCCAACAACUCGGAGGAGGAAUUAACCUUUUUGAUCACGGGAGAUAUCGAUGCCAUGUGGCUUCGAGAUUCGGCAAACCAGAUGCAGAGUUAUUUGCCAUUGUUGACGAAAAAUUCCUCUCAUGAUUCUCUGGCGGGUCUCUAUAGAGGUGUCAUCAAUCUCCAAGCGCGAUACAUUAUCGAAGCACCAUACUGUAACUCUUUCCAAGCUCCAACUGAGAGUGGAAUUGCCCCCCAACAAAACCAGCCAAAGCCAGAUAACUUUUCGCCUCCAAAAUCUACAGAUGUCGUCUUCGAAUGUAAAUAUGAAUUGGACUCUCUGGCGGCAUUUUUGGAAAUCUCUUCUGAUUACUAUGAUGCCACGGGUGAUAUAUCGUUUUUCCAGAAGUUUAACUGGGUUAGUGCUAUUGAGACAAUACUCUCCACCACCGAAGCCAUGUUGAUCGGAACCUAUUCUACGAACGGCAGUGUGAAUGCAAGUCCAUACACAUGGCAACGGGAAACCGUCAGUGCAACGGAGACGCUUGCCAACACUGGAGCUGGAAAUCCCGUACAAGAAGGUACUGGACUAGUGCGCUCAGCAUUCCGACCCAGUGACGAUGCGUAAGUAUUCCCUCUUCAACAAGAAGCACAAGAUGCAAACUUACAUAUAUCACUAUAGAACCAUCUAUCAACUUUUCAUCCCAGCAAACAUGAUGUUUUCCCGGUACUUAGAAUCAUGCAGUAAGAUCAUGACCGGUAUUUACGGACAACAAAAUCUCGCAACGCAUAUGCACGGUUUUGCAAGUAGUAUUCGAGCUGCCAUUACUAAAUACGGUAUUGUGCAUGAUCCCAUUUACGGACAAGUAUACGCCUACGAAGUCGACGGAUUUGGUUCCUGUAAGUCAACAUUUCUAUUUCAAGUCGUGGGUUAUGAUUAUUCUAAUAUGAUGUAGCGAAUCGUAUGGAUGAUGCCAACAUCCCUUCUCUUUUAUCUGCGCCAUUCUUGGGUUAUCUAAGUGUAAAUGAUACCGUAUAUCAAAAUACACGUAAAUUUAUCCUCUCGAAAGGUAACCCCUAUUUCAUGCGCGGUCCUGUUAUUAACGCGUAAGUUCCCCCUCAUCCUCCUCUUCCUUCCCUCUCCCCUCUUCCCCUCCCUCCCUUCUCCCCAAAUCCCCACCUAACACCCCCACAGAAUCGGCGGCCCCACGUCGGGCCCGGCCACGCCUGGCCCAUGGCAAGUAUAAUCCGCAUCCUGACCACCUCCUCCCCCGACGAAAUCUACACCACUCUGAAAGAAAUAAUCAGUAGCACCGACGGCCUCGGAUUAAUCCACGAAUCGAUCAAUUCGUUUGAUCAGCAUCAGUGGACUCGUCAGUGGUUUAGUUGGGCAAAUGGAUUGUUUGGACAGAUGAUUUUGGAUUUGCAGAAGAGGGG